AUGCUAUGUAUUUAUUUGAAUUUUCCAGAAUUUUCAGCAUUAUUAUUUGUUAGGCUUUUUGAGUCUGGUAUGAACUUAUUACAAUAUGGUUCCAAAAAGAUAUGCAAUAUUUCUGUAAUUAUUUCUCAGAUUUCUUAUAUAGAGAUUAGAAUUACUACUAAUUUAUUCUUUACUAAGAUCACAUUUUUCGUUCAAGUAUUCUCAAAAAAGAUUGUUUUUAUCUGUAAAUUUGUUGAAAAUAUAAAGGCUAUAAUUAUAGUUUUUUGA